AUGAGGGAAAUGGCGGUUAACAAUUGUGGACGGUUGUCAACAAUUGUGAGUAAUUGUGAGUCUGUCGCGAACAAUUGUAAGCGACUAUUAACAAUUGAGAGUAAAUGCGGCCAAGUGAGUACAAUUGUAAGCAAAGGUCUUAGUAGCGAAA